AUAAAGAUCUUCAAGAUUUUCAUUACCAUUUUCUGACGACAUUCAAGACUCUUCUAGUCUCGGCUUUCACUUUUGAACCUCGACGACGAUGAGCCUUUCGACAGUAUCAACGCGUACCUUGAGUUCGUUGUCUCAUUCACCGACGACGGCUGCGCUGGCACGAACGGCAGGCGCGGUACUGCUCCGACGAGCAGCUAUGGACCCACGUUCUCGAGCUUUGCUCAGACCUCGACUUGCGGGUGGCCAAUUACAGUCUCGGAGGAAUUUCAUCACUAUCAUUGAGCAAGCGCAUGAGGGAUGGCGGUUAACUUUCGGGCGGAAUCCUGUACCGCUCAAACCUGGUUUGAACAUCGCCAUUCCGGUCGUUCAUACGGUCCUGAACGUGGACAUGCGGGAAACCUCCAUUGCCAUCCCCAACCUCCCGGGCUACACCUCGGAUAACGUCCCAGUGACAUGUUCAGGCUCGUUAUUCUAUCGAGUAACUGACAGUUACAAGUCAUGCUUCGCAGUCUCAAACGUAGCUGAAAACGUCAAGAACACCGGAACCUCCGCAGUUCGAUCCGUACUCGGCUCAUUCACCUACGACCAAGUCAUCGCCGACCGUAACGAGCUGAACAAACGACUGAACCAGGUCAUCGGGAACUCGAUACAAGGUUGGGGUGUGGAAUGCACGAGGUUCGAGAUUCAGAACUUCCAACCUGCCAACCGGGAAGUCGAGCGACAACUCGAGCUGCAAAUGGAAGCGGAGAGGAACAGGAGGAAGCAGAUGCUCGACACGCAAGCUCAGAUCAACGUGGCGGAGGGUAUGAAGCAGCGUGUCAUUCUGGAGAGUGAGGGUCACCUCCAAGCCAAAUCGAACGAAGCCGAUGCAGCCUUCAAAACCGUCGUGCGAGAAGCCGAAGCACGGAAACAACAAUCCCUAAUGGAAGCCUCCGCCCUCGCACAACAAGUCACCGAAAUCGCUCGCUCCCUUUCCAACUCGGAGGAACCAAGCCCAGAAGACAAACAACGCGCCCUCGCAGCCCUCAUCGAAAUUAAACGCCUCGAACAACUCAAGGCUAUCGCAGCAAGCCAGUCCAACAGCACGUACUUCUUUGGAGACAAGGCUUCGAUGGGUGUGGGGAGUGGUGUCGAGGCGUUCAAUGUCGACUAUGCGCAGCAUGUGAAGAAGGGGAUUGAGGGUAAUUUGGACGCAAAGGGGAAGAAGAUUGACCCUAGCCCUGUUGCGCUUUGA